AAUUGCAUACACUUUGCCAUGACGCUAGAUACAGUAUUAUCGUAGAUUAUGUUUUGUUUACAUUUGUGAGCCAGCGGUAACAACAAGCAGAAAAUGACUGAUGUGCUGAGAGAAAGGAGAGAACGGUCCCAAAAACGGAAACAGUUGCUGGCGCAGACAUUUGGUGUAUCGAAUGUAGACGAACUCCGACAAGCCCUUGGUACUUCAAUUGAACCUAAACCAAAGAAAGUUCCUAAGGAGGAAAAGCAGGUAGAGGAAAACGUUCAGGAAAAAGUAGUUACAGAAGACUCAACAACAGAUGAACUGGUAUACACCGAUUCAUCAACAUUCCUGAAGGGUACUCAGUCAUCUAAUCCACAUAAUGAUUACUGCCAGCAUUUUGUGGACACAGGUCAGAGGCCACAGAACUUCAUCAGAGAUGUAGGACUGGCUGAUAGGUUUGAAGAAUAUCCCAAGCUGAGAGAGCUCAUCAAGUUGAAAGACGAUUUGAUAGCAAAGACAGCAUCUCCGCCAAUGUAUCUGAAGACAGAUCUCCAGACAUUUGAUAUGAAGGAACUGAACAGCAAAUUUGAUGUGAUUCUUGUAGAGCCACCACUGGAAGAAUAUCAGAGGACCAUGGGUGUUACCAAUAUGCAGUUCUGGGGAUGGGAUCAGAUAAUGCAGCUUGAUGUUGGAGAAGUAGCAGCUGCACGCAGUUUUGUUUUUCUUUGGUGUGGAUCUUCUGAAGGUUUGGACAUGGGCAGAGUUUGCCUACGAAAGUGGGGAUUUCGUCGGUGUGAGGACAUUUGUUGGAUCCGUACAAAUAUUAAUAAUCCAUCACACUCAAAAAAUUUAGAACCAAAGGCUGUUUUCCAGAGAACAAAGGAGCACUGUCUGAUGGGAAUCAAAGGAACUGUUCGGCGAUCCACCGAUGGAGAUUUUAUUCAUGCAAAUGUGGAUAUUGAUUUAAUCAUCUCUGAGGAGCCAGAAUAUGGGUCCUUGGAAAAACCUGUUGAAAUAUUCCAUAUUAUUGAACACUUCUGUUUGGGAAGUAGAAGGUUGCAUGUCUUUGGACGAGAUAGUACAAUCAGACCAGGUUGGCUUACAAUAGGGCCUGAAUUGACUAACAGUAAUUUUAAUGCUGAGUUAUAUGCUAGUUAUUUUGCCAAUGGACAGACAACAACAGGCUGUACAGAAAGAAUAGAAGCACUGAGACCAAAAUCCCCUCCACCAAAAGGCAAAGGAUCAUCUGGUGGACGAGGCAGAGGAGGGCCAUCUAGGGGUGGUUUCUCACGGGGUCGGGGCAGGGGUAGAUAAUAAUAUUUGUGUUCAUACCUUCUCUCAUAUAAUAACAAUGUGUGUGCCACACAGAGAUCAGAAAUGAAACAUACCAGGAAAUAAUGAAAACUGUGACUUAGAAGAAUGUGCGAUGUGUGUUGACUAUACAUGUAGUAAGCAAGCAAACAUGAUUCUAAAGUUUUAAUUACUAAUUUGCAAUGUAUAAUACUUUAUUAAUGUGCAUAUAUCCUAAACCAAGAUUUAACUGCCCACAUGACUUGUAGUAAAUACAAGUGAGAUUUUAACAUGGAUUUCAUGUGUUGCAGAUAUUUGACAAAUUUAAUAAUUUUGUCAGUUUCUGCUUUAGUACUUUAUUUUAUAAUGAUCUUCCUAAAGACUUUACUGUAAAUUAUUUUAUGAUUAACUUUCUAUGAAAGAUGAUGUGUUAUAAAACUGGUGUAUAACUUCUUGUCUGAAAUAUAACUAGCAUUGAAUGUGACAUGAGAGACAGGAUAAGUAAUUAAACUUCUUGUUUGGUAUUAA